AGUGCUAAACUUGAAUGGCUGGUUGACUGACUGGCUACGCAGUUCAAAUGCAUUACAAUUUCCAGUAGAAGGGAAAUCUUCCCAAAUGUCACAUUUACCCACACCAAGUUAAUGAAAAACUAAAGAAAACCGUCAAAUACAGAAAAGAAAAAAGAAUUCCCAAAUUGCUCUACCCUCAGCCGAAUGGAAAAUGACAAAAUAAAAGCGUUUGCUCCAACAAACAAACCGUCAUAAGCGUAUUUAUUGGCUUUCAUGCCAUUGUGAUUAGAUAAAAAACGAAAAAAAAACAACACAACAACUAAAACUGAUAACAACAAACAAAAUAGUUAUUGUUGUAGUCAAUAGCGAGAAAAAAACACUACAAAGAAAUAAAACACAUUCUUCUUGAACGGAUUGAAACGGAAUUUCAGUAUUUAGCCAAAGCCGGGCAGGAAAACAACUCUGCAAGUGCAGGAGUCCAAUUACAAAUUAGGCGAAAAACAAAAUAGAAAAAAAACAAAUUUAAACAAGUGUUGUAGAUAAACAAGCAAAACAACCCAUCAAUACAAGAACAAAAAAAUAUCUAUACAAAAUGCUAACUGAAUUUGCCGGGAACUUGGCUCAUCACCUAGAAUUUGGCCAUGCCCUGGAAAUAGUUGGAAAGACAAUCGAUGGUGCCUCAAGAUUCAACCUUUCCCUGAUGACCAGUAAAUCGAUUAUCAAUCCCAAAGCUGAUAUUGGUUUACGGAUUUCAGUGUAUUUUCGUGAAAAUUGUAUUGUGCGCAAUGCUCGCAUCGAUGGCCAGUGGGGCGAGGAAGAAAUCGAGAAUAUUAGCAAAUAUUCACAACCCAAUCCCAUAGCAUCGGGAGACUUCUUUAUGAUCUAUAUCCUGUGUUGCGAGGAGAAAUUCCACAUAUCGAUUAACAGUAUACCCUAUUGUACGUUUAACUAUCGAUUGCCGUUGGAGUCGUUGCGUGCAUUAGAGCUGAAGGAUCAAAUACAAGCCAUCAAACAAAUCGAUCAUCGUACAGUGUUCCCAAAUCCCUGGCCGCCCAUACAUGCCAGUGACUAUUUUAAGGCGUUCAGCAAUGAUGCGCCCAUCCUCUUUAGUCCGGGUCAUGUUGUUGUGAUGACGGCGCGUUGUUUUGACAAUAAAAAGGGACAAUUUAUAAUUAAGUUUAUGGACACCGAUACCAAACGGGAGGAGCUACACUUUAGUGUACGAUUCAAUGAGAAGGUGGUGGUGCGCAAUAGUCAUGACAGUAAAAAUGAAUUUGGCCAUGAAGAGCGUCACGGUGGCUUUCCAUUUGUUUUCAAUCAACAAUUCAAACUGGCCAUUGCCUUUACGGAGCGUGAAUUCCUGACAGCCGUGGAUGGCUACAAUUUCUGCAGCUAUAGCUAUCGCACACCAAAUAUAUUACAAAAGUUGGUGGGCUUCAAGGUGGCCUGUACAAAUGGUUUGCACAUGCACAUAACCGGGGUGGAUCAUGUUCAAAUGGGUGAUCCAUUGUGCACAGGAUUUGAGAAAUAUACACGUUUCGAUUCUGAGUGUGCCUAAGAGAAAUCUUGCCCAUUUCUGUAUUGUUUUAAAUUGAUUGUUAAUUUUGCCAAAUUCUAUUAUUAAGAUUUAUAUUUUUUGUAAUAUAAUAAUUCUAAACUACAGUAAA